UCAGUAAUCGAAUGCUGUGCCUGUUUGCUCGCUUUGGGUGGAUUAUAGUUGUUGUUUGCGAUUUUCCGUGUUGAAUUUGCUUCCUUCCCCUCCCAAGCUUUCGUUAAAAUGCCUAGCAAGAAAGGUGCUGCUAAAGCUGAUGCUAAACCAGAGACUCAAGCGGAAACACAGGAGGAAAAACCAGUAGAAGUGGAAGAAACUAAAGAAGAUGUCGAAGAGACAAAAGCUCCAGAAACAGCAGCUGCCCCGAAGAGAGGACGAGGACGACCAAAGAAGGACGGUUCAGAACCGAGUGUUAAGAAACCAAAAAAAGUAAAAGAGCGAACAGAACCAUCUCGAGUAAGUCGUAGAGUAGCUAACAUGAARACUGGAACAACAGAACCUGAGCCAGAUACCGAAGAACCGAAAAAGAAAACCAAAAAAGUCGCCAAGAAAGCUCAAGCAACAGAAKAAGAUGACAACAAAGAUCUGUCUGCGCCUAAUGGCACUACAGAACAAGCCGUUUCAAGUUGAUUGAACUCUUCUUCCAACUCAAAAACAUCUGCGAACAUUACAACUAAAGAAAUUUAGACAUUUUCUGGUUUUGGAGUAGCUUUAAGCUACUUUGAAUAGUGAUGCUCAAGACAUUUGCCCUAUGAAGACUCCUUUCAUUUUGUCAAAACAAUCUUCAUCUAUCCAACUUAUACAUUUUACUACAAGAAAACAGCCGACUUCCUUGUUUUCUAUAAUUUUUGGAUUUCAUACUAUAUUCGUUCGUGUUUUAGACUUGUCUAAACUACACAAUGCAACGGCGUUCGUCUUUGCGUUUGGCAUGCGUGUGUGAAGCCAUAUUAUUCUGAUCUUUACAGUUUUAUUUCAUUCUUCAUUCAUUGCUUUGUAAAUCUAGUUUUACUGUAUUAUUCAGACGUACAUUUUUAUGUAAGAUUUAGAUGAUUUAACAGGAAGAAUAAAUAAACUUUUUAGAAAGUC